GGCAGGUUGGAGAUGGUCUAUAUAAUACCUCGUUUUGUUGAAUGCUAAGCCAAUAAUACAACGACUGCCUCACAGAGUUACAGCAGGAAAAAAUUAUAAAUUAUACAGUCGAUAAAAUUAUUAAAUUAAUUUGAUAAAAAUAAUAAAAAAAUAUGAAUCAAUUGUUUAAUUUGAUUGCACUGAUUUUGUGUUCAUUUUUAAUCAUCAAUGUUGCUGGGGAUACUUGUUCAGCAAAUAAUUGUCAAAGAGCUUAUAAAUGUGAUGGCUUCGUGAGAGAUAAUACUUGUCCAAGAAGAGGCGAUACAUGUUGUCAAUUAGUUAAAGAUGAAUACAGGACAAAGUGCGAUCAAUCACUGGGUGCUUGUACAAAAUCAAAUUGUCCACCAUCGAUUCGAGUUGCACGUGAAAAAUCACUUGACUGUGCAGCAGAUGAAAAUUGUUGUGUACUCGUAAUUUAAUUAUUAAUUUAAUAAUUAUAAAAAAAAAAAAAAGAACGUUAUUUUUAUUUUUAAAAUUUCAAUAUUAAUUAUUUUUUUGUACUUGUCACUCGAUUAUUAACUAAACAAUUAUAAAAAAAAGUUAAAUCAAUUUUUGUUUAAAAAAUUUUAUUAUUAACAAAUUGUUAUAUAAUUUUUUUAUUUCAUUAAAUUUAACUAUGUCAAAACAAUUUUAUCGAAAAAAAAAAUUGACUCAAAAGUCAAAUUAAAUAUAUUUCUUUGAUUUUA